AUGAGGGCCUACUACCGCAUCCCCUCUCUCCUCGCCUUCUCCCUCACGAUAUGCCUCUGGGUCAGCUUCACGGCGCCCACCGUGCUGGCCGAGCCAGAGGCGGCGGCGGCGGGCGGCCAGGUGCCCUUCGCCACGCCCGACGUCGCCUCGGCAUCCGAGCUCCUCGCCCAGGCCAACCAGGCGCUCCAGUCCGGACAGUACCAGCAGGCCCUCUCGGCGUUUGACCAGGCGCUCAUCGCCGACCCGACCAGCUGGCUCACCUACUACCGCCGGGCCACGGCCCAGCUCUCGCUCGGACGCACCUCGUCUGCCCUCCAGGACUUCCAGUCGCUCCUCGACCUCAACCCGCAGUUUGAAAAGGCCCGGCUGCAGCGAGCCAAGAUCUUUCUCAAGGAGGGCGAGCUGGACAAGGCGCACGCCGAGAUGAAGCAGUGGGAGCGGAUCCGAAAGGACAAGGGCGCAUCGGCCGCCGUGCCCGAGGGCAGCGCGCUGCUGGCCAAGCUCGACAAGACCACCAAGAACCUCGCCGCGCUCAACAAGAUGCAGAAGGACGUCGCAAAGGCCCGCAGCGGCGGCGCCAAGGGCAAGGGCAAGGGGAUGGACGCAGCCAAGGUCGACCAGUGCAUCAGGCUGGCCGGCGAGAUCCUCGAGGUUUCGCCCAGCCACCUCGAUACCCGCAUGAUGCGCGCCGAUUGCCAGAUGCUCAAGGGUAGCGUCGAGGACGCCAUGGCCGAUUGGAGCCGCGUCGUCCACCUGGCGCCGUCGCCGUUCCUGCUGCGCCGGCUCUCGUCGCUGUCGUACUUUAUCGUCGGCACGCCCGGCUCGCAGUCGCACGAGGCUGGCCUGGCCCACCUCAAGUCGUGCCUCCACUCGGACCCGGACAACAAGCAGUGCGCCCGCGCCCACCGCCGCCUCAAGAACCUCGAAAAGGCGCUCAAGAAGGCGCGCAACUUUGCCCAGGGCGGCAGCUACCGGGCCGUGCUGAGCGCGCUCAAGGGCGGCAAGGUCGGAGGCCCCACCGUGGUCCAGGAGAUUGAGAAGGCCAUCGAGGAAGACUGCCAGCCGCGCGAGGGCGAGGAGGCGGCCGUGCUGCCCCUCGAGCGCGACGCCGCCAUCGAGAGCAGCUCGCUGCUGCACGAGAUCCACUCGAUGUACUGCAAGGCCCAUGCCGAGCUCAACGAGCUCGGCAAGGCGAUGCCCUACUGCGAAAAGGUGCUGGCGCGGGAUCCGGACAACGUCGACGCCACCGUCGCCCGCGCCGACGCGCACCUCAAGGACGAGCGGUACGACGAGGCGGUGCGCGACUACACCAAGGCGUUUGAGGCGUCGGGCCGCUCGGACCGGGCGAUCCACGCGAAGCUCAACACGGCGCAGAAGCGGCUCAAGCUGAGCCAGACAAAGGACUACUACAAGGUUCUCGGCGUCAAGCGGACCGACGACCUGGCCACGAUCAAAAAGGCGUACCGUACAAUGGCCAAAAAGAACCACCCGGACAAGGGCGGCACGCAGGAAAAGAUGGCCGAGAUCAACGAGGCCUGGGGCGUGCUGGGCGACGAGGAGCUCAGGAAGAGGUACGACGCCGGAGACGACCCCAACGACCCCGCCGGCGGACAGGGCGGCCACGGCAACCCCUUCGCCCAGGGCGGCCAUCCGUUCGAGAUGUUCUUCAACCAGCAGGGCGGGGGCGGCUUCCCCGGCGGCGGCGGCUUCCCCGGUGGCGGCUUCCCCGGAGGUGGCUUCCCCGGCGGCGGCUUCCGUCAGGGCGGCUUCGGAGGCGGACAGCAGCAGUGGAACUUCAAGUUUGGCUAA